GAUCCUGAUCGCAGCCUGCCCGCGGGAAAUAACGACUCUGUGAUUUUACUUCUUGUAUGUGUUAAUUGAAAAAUUAUUUUUGACCGACACGGUUUGUCGUUUAAUUUGUAAUUCAUUUAAACUUGAACAUUAAUUUAGUUGAAGAGUCAAGAUUGCAGCACCAUUUUUUAAUAAACUGGUAAAGUGUGGUAUUUCUUAUCCUUUGUCCUUUCAACUCCUGUGAGUUUUUAGUAUGAACAUUUAAAAUUUAAAGGAUGACGUCAAUGUUGUGCACCUCCGGGGGUGGGGGUCGAUGUUCUAUCUGUUCAAAAUACUAUGUCGCCAAUACCAUACCGACAAAUUCUAAACCACCACCAUGUCUGCCACAACUCUGCACCCUUGUUGAAUUCAGCCUGGAUUUUUGUUGCCUUUGUGACCUCUGUCACCCAGAGGUGACUCGACUCCUCGACAUUAUCAAAGAGUUGGAGAAACUACAGAUGCAGUUGAAGAGAGGGGUUAAUUCGCUAAAGAGGAAGAAACAAGAGGAAGUUGUUGAUUUGGCUACACCAACCGACAUACCAACACCGACAACAACGCAUGAUCCUUUUCCCACUGUUAACCUCACGGCGAUACAACUACCUCCUCAAUUUUCGCAAAUUUCUCCGCCUCAAUUCACUUUCCAACUUGUCACCCCACCUCAACCACCUCCACCUGUUUUGACUUUUACUACAGGAAACUAUUACCUGGGAUCCGUCCCCUUUAUCCCAACCGCACCUCCACAACAAGAAUUUCAUCACGAAGAAGAAGAACAAAUCUCAAACAAUAAUAAUGACAUUUCUACUCAAAAUGACCAAGAACAAGGCGACGAUCCUGAUUAUUCGCCAGAUUAUUCUCCACCAGGAGAAGAUGAUGAUGACAUGAAUCGAGAAGAUAAUUCUCCAGCGUCCCCCAAACAAUCAACGAGAUACGCCACUCAUAACAGAAAAAAGUAUCCGAAAUGGUCCGCUGAAAAGAAAGCUGUCAUGCUCGCCAAGCGGAAAUGCGCUAAGGUCGAAAGCCUCGGCACGAUCGAGACCAACGAAGAUGGUCGCCACUAUUACGAAGGGUUUGAAAUACUAAAAGAUGGGGACUCUUAUUCUUGCGCGUCGUGUUCUUGGAACGAUUCCCUCCUUCAAGUUCGCGAGGGACAAAGUUGUCCCAAUUGGAGGAAAAUGAGAGCCAUCAAGCUCCACAUACGGGGAGUCCACAUGCUCAUGUACCAUUGUGAACCGUGCGAAAAGCAUUUUACGUCUGCAAAAGGUUUAGAACUUCACCGCAAGAACGGGACCUGCUCAUACCUGUCCAAAACUAAGCCAUUGGUUCCUUGCCAGAUCUGUGGAAAACCUGUCACUGAGCUCGAGGCUCAUCUUUGGACGCAUAAGAAUGCAGAUGAACAGAAGGCGGCCAAUUCCAGUAGAAAUUUUUACGAGUGCUACAAAUGUGGCAAGAGUUUUUCACAACGUAGCAACAUGCUAACGCAUCGCGGCGGUUGCAAAGGGACACUGGAACCAGUAGAUGAAGAACCGAAAAUGCCAAAGGUUAAGAAGAAUGAUACACGCUAUCAGAAAACACCUUGUCCCAUCUGCGGCCGACCCUGCGCGUCGAUUUACCUCCCAUGUCACGUUUGGUCGCAUAAGAGCUCUGCAGAAAAAGAAACCGCUCUUAAAUUUGGACAAGCACCCAAGCUUCGGGUCAAAGAAGAACUCCCCUUGCCCAAAUUGGAGUGCCCGAUAUGUGCCAAGUUUGUCUGGAAGCCGUACCUCCGUCGACACAUGGAUACCCACAAAAGUCCCGAGGAUCGAGCCAUAAUUCCGUGUCCGAGGGAGGGGUGUUCCUACACUGCUACAUAUAUCGGGUUACUCACCCAGCAUAUUCAGAGGGUGCAUGACAAAGAUAGGAUAAUGAAACACAUUUGUCCUGUUUCAGGGUGCACCCGGAAGUUCCUCACCAAGAAACAACUCACCGCUCACAACGCUAACGCUCACCACCCCGAACUUAAAAAAUUCCGCUGUACGAUUUGCGCUUCUAGUUUCCUCCGGCAACUACAAUAUGAGCAUCAUAUGAAGAAUCACCCGCCAAAAGUGGAAUUUACCUUCCUCUGCGCCCAAUGCCCACGCAAAUUUCAUCUUGAAUCCAGCCUAAAAACGCAUAACGUAGUGCAACAUGGCGAGCCGAGUAAAUGGCGGGAUAAGAACAAUAAGAAGAAGAAACUUAAGGUUCCACGUGUCCCGAAAAUCAAGAAACCGAAACCAGAGAAAAAACCAAAACCGGAGAAAAAACCAAAACCUGGAAAGAAGCAGCCAAAGCCAAAAGUUUCGUCCAUUAAGCGAACGACACCUGUCAAGAGACCUAGGGAAACCAUAAAAAUAACGAAUUUGGAUAACUCUGAGAAGGAAAAAAACAUUAAAAUUGUACAAGUUCGUGGCAACGUGACCUUAGCACCACCAAAUAGUCCCCUUGCUUCGACCAUUAAACCUGCCGGACGGAAAAUGGGAGAGGUGAAAGUUACCGAUAUGGGUCCUCCGUUCUUAAAACUACAACCAAUCCAUACCACACCCUCUGACAAAAAAUCCUCUGGUGGUGGCGUAGUUGUCAAAGUUCAGGAUAAUAGUGCUCCGUUUCUCGUCCUGCGACACCUCCCUCACCAGUUGCUGGGUGGGAAUAGACUGCGUGUAAUUUCGGAUCAAGUAGUCAGCCUGGUUACUACUUCGGGAGGCUUUGAGAUUGUUACGUUGCCUGAAUAAUAGUAAAAUAUGAAUGCUAUGAUUUACGAUACAUCAAUGGAAGAUGGCAAAAAUUAAAAAUAAAAUUUAAAUAUGAUUAAAUUAUCAAGUAUUUAAGACUCUUAAA